CAUCAUCAUCAUCAUCAAUGUCCUUGUUUUUAUCAUCCAUCAUCAUCAUCAUCUAAAACAACUUCAUCUUUAAAGUCUCAUCAUGUAUUUGGAGAACAAAAACAUGGAGAUGGAGAUGUCUCAGACGUCAACCCAAUGCCAUCGCAGGAACAGCCUGAGGUCACCAGAGGCCGUCGCAGGGAACUUUGGGGAGCUGCGUCUGCUGCAGGGCAUUUCAGACAGGAGAGACACCCAGAAGCUGCUGCAGCAAUCUGCGGUUCUGCCCUCAGGACAGUGCGUCAUCCAUACUGAGGGCUUUGUCCCUGUUCGACAAGAGGAUGGGCACAGUUUCAGCCUGGUCAAUGUUCUCAGAGGAAAAAGUAAUUCAGCCAACAUGACAGAGAGGUCGCCUCUGCUGAGAUUCUCUCAAGAUGACAGUAUGACCUACAUGACCCUACAUGACCCCAGCUUUGUUGGAGGGGAAGAGCCCUGGGACAACGGCUCCCUGGACCUGGAGAGGAGGUAUCGGCUGGGCAGUGAGGUCACCAGCCUGUCCCUGUCCCGCUCCAGCUCCACGGAGAAGAGUGACCCUCUGGAAAACCUCAGCCUCAGCUUCAGAUUCACCAGUAAUAUGAAAUGCUGCUUCAAAGUCUCCAAAGUUGCCAUAAUGUUUACUAUCGUGGUUCUCUGCAGUCUGUUCUUCAGCAUGUAUCCAGACCGAGACAACCCCCGGAGGAUGUUGGCAGUCUCUUCAACGGACAGUUUCUCAAUGAACCUGACGGAUUUUCGUGACAACGCUUUGCUUAAGCUCCAGGUGGGAGGGCCUUUCACAGGAGGGAUGAUUGACCUCACCAACCAGGAGUAUAUCCUGAUCCAGGUGGAGCAGACGGAGCAGGGGGGACAACGGAGGAGGAGGACUCAGCAGGUGAUUCAUAAUUGGACCAUCCCUCUGCACAGUGAACGAAGUGACCAGAUACUGUUAACUAAAACAUUUGAGAUGGUCAGCAGUGAGCCCAUCUUCAUCACAGUUCAAGCCUUCCUGCAGGAUGAUGAGGUGGUGCCGUUAUCCAUGACCCACCAGUCGCUCUACGUCAAUGUGGAGACACAGGUGGCCAUUGCUGGAAUCAUCCUGACUGGGGUCUACGUUCUCAUCAUCUUUGAGAUUGUGCAUCGUACUCUGGCUGCCAUGUUGGGAUCUUUGGCAGCCUUAGCUGCUCUGGCUGUCAUUGGUGAUCGGCCCAGUCUGGUUACUGUGGUGGAGUGGAUCGACUAUGAGACACUGGGUCUUCUGUUUGGCAUGAUGGUACUGGUGGCCAUUUUUUCAGAGACUGGCUUUUUUGAUUAUUGCGCUGUGAAGGCUUACCAAUUAUCCAGAGGAAGAGUGUGGCCAAUGAUCAUGAUCCUCUGUCUCAUCGCUGCCAUUCUCUCUGCAUUUCUGGACAACGUGACCACUAUGAUGCUUUUCACCCCAGUCACCAUCAGGUUGUGUGAGGUGCUUAAUCUAGACCCCAGACAUGUCCUGAUUGCAGAAGUAAUCUUCACCAACAUUGGAGGGGCUGCCACAGCUGUCGGAGAUCCACCCAAUGUGAUUAUAGUAUCAAAUCAGGACCUGCGCAAAGAAGGGAUUGAUUUUGCCAGUUUCACAGGCUACAUGUUCCUCGGGAUAUGCCUUGUCCUCCUCACCUCGUUUCCUUUCCUGCGGUUGCUCUACUGGAACAAAAAGCUCUACAACAAAGAGUCCAUUGAAAUAGUGGAACUCAAGCAUGAGAUCCUGGUCUGGAGGCAGACGGCUCAGCGCAUUAACCCUGCCAGCCGAGAGGAGACAGCUGUGAAAUGCCUCCUGAUGCAAAAAGUCCUCAACCUGGAAAGUCUGCUCCGCAACAUGAUGAAAACCUUCCAAAGCCAAAUUUCCCAAGAGGACAAGAACUGGGAGCAAAACAUUCAAGAAUUGCAAAAGAAGCACAGAAUAACCGACAAGGUUCUCUUGGUGAAGUGUGUGUCCGUCCUUGGUGUGGUGAUCUUCAUGUUCUUUCUCAACUCCUUCGUUCCCAGCAUUCAUCUCGAGCUCGGUUGGAUUGCUAUCCUGGGUGCACUGUGGCUUUUGGUUCUGGCCGACAUCCAGGAUUUCGAGAUUAUUUUGCACCGGGUAGAGUGGGCCACACUACUGUUCUUUGCCGCCCUCUUCGUUUUGAUGGAGGCUUUAGCCCAUCUGCAGCUUAUCGACUAUAUUGGAGAACAGACAGCACUGCUUAUAAAAGCGGUGCCAGAAGACCAGCGCUUGGCUAUAGCAAUUAUCUUGGUGAUGUGGGUCUCGGCUCUGGCUUCUUCUCUCAUUGACAACAUUCCCUUUACUGCCACCAUGAUUCCAGUUCUCAUCAACUUAAGUCAGGAUGCAGAUGUGAACCUGCCAAUAAAACCUCUCAUCUUUGCCUUGGCCAUGGGAGCCUGUCUUGGAGGAAAUGGCACAUUGAUAGGAGCAUCAGCCAACGUUGUGUGUGCAGGAAUUGCUGAACAACACGGCUACGGCUUUUCCUUCAUUGAAUUCUUCAGGUUAGGAUUCCCCAUGAUGAUAAUGACGUGUACGAUCGGCAUGUGCUACCUGCUGGCCACCCACAUCGGACUUGGAUGGAACAUGUAAUCCACAACUGCUAUACAGAGCCAAAGAGACUGUGUGUGUGUGUGUGUGUGUGUGUGUGUGUGUGUGUGUGCGCGCGUGCAUGCGUGUGUGACCACUCCAUCAAGCAUUUAGCUGACUGCAAAUGUGAUAAGUAACCUGAUUGACUAAUCAGAUUAAAGGCACUAUAUGAAGCACAGCAGCCAUAAGUAUAUCAAAAAUGUCUUUGACUGAAGUGCUGAACAGCAGGGACAAGAAUUACAGGAGCUUUAAACUAAACUUUGAAUCUAACAUCCAACAAUUUGAGUAUGAUGCAUUAGUUCUUUGUGACUGGUCAACAGUCACCCUGUUGAGUUUUACCAACUUUGAAAAAAAUUCAAACCUCGUGUUCUCACAAGAGUUGAUCCAAGGGAAGGACAUGGGUCUACUGGAGAAAAUGCUGUACAUGGUGCUACUGCCUCAGUGGGUAUAACUGGGGUAAAUGAUUCCAGCUAUGGCCUCUGAUGUCAGACUGUUCAUUCUUUUGGAAAUCUAUGUGGUCUGUUUACAAAAAGCAAUGAAAAAUAAUGAAUUGUUUUACACUGAUUUGCUUUUAGAGACACUGAUCACUGUUUUAGGCAAACAUUUCACCCAUGGUUUACCAAACGUAUGUUGAUAUUUUAAAGGAACCACAAUACCCAGUGAAAGGGAUUUUAUAACAGUUAAUGUCUAAUAUUUUUGUCAGAUGUCCAAAUCUCAAUGUGUAAUGAAUGAACAGCAUCGAUCAAAUUGGAGAUGAGCAGAAUGAUUAAAAUAAAACAGAUGUAGACUGUUAUCUAAACAUUAUAUAUAUUAUCUAUUGUACUGUGUACACAAUGGUCUCAUGUAAACUCAAUGAUUUAGUUAAUUUAACCAUAUUUAAUGUCUAAUCAGUUUAAUCAUGUAAAUGCUCCUACAUGGAAUGGACAACAUCUUCUUACCUUGUCCAUUUGAAACUAUCACCUGUAUUUAUUGUGCAGCCCUGAACGUCAUUUAUGUUUCAUGGUUGAGACUUUCACAACAUUCCGACAGAGAUAAACAUGACCAAUAAAGGCUGAGAUGUU